AUGGCACAAGCAGGCAAAGAGAACAUCGCCGAUGGUCUGAUCGCGGAUGGCUCUUUCAAGGCCUCUACACAACCUCUGAAGAAAUCAGCGCCGUCACCAAAGAAAAAGACGCGUAGUAAGAGUAUCGGUCCCGGAGGCUUAGGGGAAUUGGAAGCACCUCCACUGAAGGAGACGGCUGGAAACCGCAGAAAGUCUGCUUUCAUCCCCGCCGUCAAGUCUAUACUAGCCUCGAAUGAUGAGGACGAGAAGAAACGGCGCGAAGCCCGUCGCAAGUCUCUGGCAAGGCGACGCGUGUCGUUCGCCCCCGAAGCCACUUUACACACAUGGGACGUAGUCGAGUAUAUGCGCGAUGCGACCACCUCUUCUGCCUCAUCGGAGGCGACACGCAGAGCCUCAAAUGUCUCACAAGCAUCGACACCGGCAUCGCCUGCCCCUCCGUCAGACCCCGCCGAACCUCCGUCAACACCACCAGAACAAGCCGAAGAGCCUCAGCCAGAAUCUGGUUCGUCACCGGCAAGCGCGCGCGCUCAACACCAGAAGAAGAACCGCCGAAGUUCAGGUAUACCACCAAUGAACUUCAAUAACCCAGACGACGUCUACUCCUCCAGCCCACUAAGUGGAGAUAAUGCUUCGCCUGGUGGAAAUGACAACGAGAGCAGCGACUCUGAGGAUAUGGAUAUUGAUGAUGCUACAGAGAACGUGGGUGUUUCUCCAGAAGUGGAGGACUCGUCCAUGAGCAGCGCUCGAUUAGAUGCUGCACUCCGAGAGGCUGCGAACCUAGCAGGCACUCAGAAGCUGGAUUUUGAUGAUGAAGAUGGAGACAUGACUAUGGAGAUUGCACAAGACGAGGUUACUGCAUCUUUCAAGCCUUGGGCAAAGAAGAGCUUUGUCGCACAGUACGACAAGGAGAACGCAAGCCCUCUUUUCUCUCCAGCACGCACGGUAGCCGACGAGGACGACGACAUGAGCAUGGACAUCACACGUGCAGUGGGUCGCAUUGUACCGCCGCCACCGCAACAACCACAGCAGCAGCAGCAACAACAACAUUCUGAUGCAGCAAACUCGGACAUUGACGACGACAUGACAAUGGAUCUGACCAUGCCACUUGGAAGUAUACAGGCAAUGGCAGCAUCAUACAAACCAGCGAACAAGAGGAAAAGUCUUAAGAGGAGGGUUUCCUUGCUGGAUGAUUCUCAAGGUAGCCCUGCAAAGCGCCCUGGAAGUCGGCGUACCAGUUUGCGAAAGCGUCGACAAUCCGAAGAGCACGAUCAAGAAGACGCAACCAUGGACCUUACAAUGGCGAUUGGAGCGAUUAAGAAAGCGCCUCAGCCUGAGCCCGCCAGGCGUGCUAGCAUUGCAAGCGUUGUUGAUGAUGCGACUAUGGACUUUACCCUGGCCGUGGGCAGUAUCAAGAACGACAAGCCACAAGCGCAGGAAGUACAAGAAGAACCAGAAGAGCAGGAUCUGGAGGAUGAGGUCGAGGACGAGGAUCUUUCCAUGGAAUUUACCAAGAUCGUUGGGCCAGGCAUCAGGCGUGCUAACAGUUCAGCAACAUCACCAGAGACGCCUGCUGAUGCUACGCCCGUUUCAGCAAAGAAGACGCCAACUCCGCAAAAAUCUCCAAAGAAGUCACCUGGUCAAAGAAGUUCCAUGCUUAAAGCCGAAGCCGAAAGCGCGCCUCAAGUAUUACAGGAGAUUACACCCAGUACAUCAGGAGAGGUGUCAUAUCCGACCCUUGACCCUGGAACUCCUGAGAUUGUAAGGCAAAAAGAUAUUGAAGAGGUUGAGCCGUCACCGUCCGUGCGUCGAACUCCGCUGAGUGCCUUGAAAGAGAAAGACGCUCUUGCGACACCCACGAACCCGACACCACAGAGGACACCCAUGGCAAUUCCCGAGGACCCGAUCGCAGCUACAAUCCUGGACCGACGCCGUUCUUCCUUGUCUGCAGUACAGUUCAGUCCUUUGAACGCACCACGCCAGGAACCUACUCUCAAGAGCACCGCACUCUUGAGCAACAACAUUAAGCUAUUGUCCACCCCCCGAAAGCAGACUUUGACAUCACCGGUGAAGCGAGGGAUGACGCCAAAGAAGUCCCAGUCUCCUCAAAAACAGCCAACACCGACUCCCAAGAAAGCGACUCCCAGAAAGAGCAUGAGUCCGAUGAAGCGCGUUGCAUUUGGUGCAAAUCCAGAGCCGGAAGAAGAGAACAACGAUGACAACGAUGUGGCAGAGGACUUGUCGGACGUCGAGCGUAUCUCGCUACAAGAUUUUCUUGACAUGACAAAAAUUCGCUUCAUGGAUCUUAGUACGACCAAGCGACGCCACACUGCUGCCCCUGCCGCCUUCCACGACGUGGAAAUAGAGGAGAAAGAAGAAUCUCUAGACCGCUAUGUCGUGGCUGGUGCUUGCACGCUACCCGAGUAUGAAUUGUACCAACAUGCGUGUCACGAGAUGAAGAAGUAUAUCUCAGACGGUCGCCACUUCGUUCGUACUCUGGAAAACAAUGUUCUAGAGGAGAACCCACUGCUAUUCAGCGAGUACCUCACUGCUCCCCCGGAUCAGCGCAAGGUCAUGGACAACCAAUUCAAGAAUCUCAAGACGAACGCGCGCCUCGAAGCUCGUGGAGAGUGGUACACAUGGCGAAGUACGCUAUUGCACGAUCUUAAAGCUGGUCUUCUCCACACCAUGGAUUGCUUCAACCACGACGAAUCUACCCUUCACAAGCAGGAGAAGCUUCUUAACGAUACUCUUCCGCCUUUAGUUGAGAAGAAGGAACAUCUUUCCGUUGAAUGUAAGCAACUACAGCAGCGUCAUGAUGAACUCAACAGCUGUGACCGGGAAGAGCUCGAGCAAACAAGAGAGAAGCUCACGGCUACGGAUGCUGAGUUGGAGGAGAAGAGGUUGCUUCUGGCACAACUUCAACAGGAGCUCGUCGACAAGGAGACACGCAUAGAGGCAGCCAAGAACCGUAAAGUCGAAUGCAUUGAAGAGAUCAGAGGAGCUGAACGCGUGCGGGAAGAGUGCCGUGGCUGGUCUACUAGUGAAGUCAGCAGUCUGAGAGCCAAACUCACCGCUCUUGAGCAGGCUCACGGCUGGUGCAUCACUUCUGCUUCCUCGACUAGCAUCACGAUGACACAUCUGAACGACCUCGAACUGUACUUCGAACCAUCUGUCUUUGCCACCGGCGAGAAUACACCCAAUGGAUCUAUCUCGCUUGCCUACAUUGGUGAUUCGGCGACACCGCACUCUCGCUCCUUGACAACAAGCAAGCGCUUUUUCCUACAGCUCAUCCGCGCACAUCUUCACGGCAUUCCUCAAUCACAAACCCGCAUCUCCUCACUCCUUUCUCUUGUCAAAAAUGCAUGGGCUACCGCAACUGCUGUUGCUGAGGGUGUUCGGUGGCUCGAGCACAGCUACAUCACCGAGGAAUCAAUCCUCUCGGAUGAACGCAUGGCAAUCUCCACAAAUAUGUUGCUGCCCACCCUCCAAACAAAGAUCAAGGCUACCUUCGAAGUCGGCGUAGGUCUUGGUAAGGAGGGCUUUGAGACUGAUGUUGAUAUCAAGGCGGAAGUUGUGUACGGCGAGAAAUACGGAGAGGAGAAAAUGGGCGCGUUCUUACGCGACUUUUGUGGCAAUGAGGUCAAAGACGAGAAAAGCAUGUCGGUUUGGGCAGAUGGUAUGCUGGAUCUUGCAGCAAGGUUGAAGAAGACUGGGCGGAAGGGAGAAAGGAAAUAG